UCUCUACAUUUCUUAUAUAUUUCCUAGAUCGGCAAGUUGUGCCUUAGCUUGGAUACGAAUCACAUUUAUUUCGACUUCUUUCCUUUCUACAUGCUAUUCAUUUCGUUCUCUGGAAAAAAUUUGGCAUUAUAAUAUUUUCUUCGAUUAUUUCAAGCUUCGAGUAAACUUGAAAUUACAAAAAAAUGUCUUCAAGCAGCUCUAAUAUACAAUGUCCAAGAAGAAUGCCUCACUUGUGUACAUCUUCGAUAAUGAAAUGCUAUUUCAAUAAAAUAUUUCACUUAUCCAUUAUACACAAACGAGGGUAUAUUUCCCACUCAUGGGGAAUUAAAUGGAUUUUUGUUAUUUUGAGUAGUCUAUUCUUGACGAUAAAUGCGAACAUGCAACAAGUCGAACAAUGCAUGCCUAAUCUACCAGCAGGAUGGACAGUGCCGAGAGGUGACAUAUUUCUCAAAUGUGGUGACAAUCUACAAAUUUGGUGUAAUUUAAAUAAACCGUUUAUAGCUAAAGAAUAUUCGGGUAUAAACGCUUCGAAUAUUUUCUUCAUUCGCGAUAAUGCAACAGUAGAGCAGAAAUUCGUUACUACAAUUAAUGAAACAACAGCACUAUUGACCAUUGAAUCACCACCAGCCGGACAAUUUAAAUAUUUUUGCAAUUUGGAUAUAUCUAACAUAAUCAUAACUGUUUGUCUUAAUAAUGUUUUUGUUACGUAUGAAUUUCAACGGCCAAGAAAUUUUACUUGUAGAUCUUAUAAUUGGAAGAGUAUAACAUGUACAUGGGUAUCACAGCACUAUGUACCAACAACCCAUGAAUUAUUCUAUAUAAUACACAGAAAAAAUAGACAAGAAUUUGUUUCUUGUCCUACAGAAAAAGCGAAAAAUGAUUCUUGCACUUGGACUCAACAUACAUAUCCAACAUACAGGCAAACAAAAGAAAAAUAUGACUUCAUAAUGCACAUUCAAAAUAUGUUUGACACGAAAUCCUUCGUAUUUGAUACUAUCGAUCAUUUUGCUAUAGUUAUACCUGCAAAACCUACGCAUGUAUCGGUGAUUAACAAAACAUCGAAUAGUGCAACAUUAUGUUGGCAAUCUCCCUCUCCGAUGAAAAGUUUUCCUCCCGGUUUAACUCAUAAAGUUAUGUAUCAGAAACACCGGGAUCAUAAAAAGAAAUGGAAGAUUAUUAAUAUUGAUACGGAGCCUCAUUUGCACAAGAGAUGUUUCACUCUUACCGGAUUAUACGCUAAUACCGAGUAUGAUGCAUACGUUUAUUUAAGAAGUUCUAAGGCCGUAGGAGAGGAUAUGUAUAGUGAGCCCGCUGCUAUUAUAUUCAGCACAUUACCAACGUUACCUAGCUUUUCACCGCGAACCGAUAUUGGUAGCUACGAAAUUAUCGAAUACAAUAAAACUCGAGAUGUAUAUUUAUAUUGGCAAAUGAUACAGCAACGUUACGAGAAUGGUAAUGAAUUUAAGUAUCACGUUAAGCAUGUGGAAGAAAAUGGUCAUAAAAUAAUUCUCGAACCGAUCGAGAUAACCAAGGCAUAUGCCAAGUUUGAGGGACUCAGCUUUAAUAAAUACCGAUUUAAGAUUGUCUCAGAGAAUGAAGUCGGCAUUAGUAAGAAUUACACGGAAAUUAUUAUACCUAAUCGAGAUGAGAUGCCACGUGAACCGAUAGAAUUUACAAAAAUGGCUUUCGAAAGAGGACUGUACGAAUUGUCUUGGGUGCCGCCGAUUAGGCAUGAAAUCGUCACAAAUUAUACCAUCUUUUGGUGCGACAACAAACGCGAUCGUCCUUAUCAGUGCACAGGUUACUUGAACUGGACACAUGUAUCCAUGAAUACUACAGUCUAUAACAUAACGGUACCAAAUUCUAACAAAACAUAUCAAUUCGCGAUUUCCGCUAAUACGAAUAAGGGCAGCAGCGGUAUGAUAUGGUCAUCUUGCACGGUGAUUCGCCCAAAAAAGCUCGACAGAAUGAAAUUCAUAUGGAUUAAUCGUUUUGGAUUAGACUUCAUCGAGGUUGGAUGGCACUUUCAAUGUUUAGAUCGUAUUGGGGUCAUCGAAGAAGUGAAAAUUUACUACUGUCCUAUUGAGUCAGUGUUGAAUACCAAGUGCAAAGAACCCAAGCGAAAUAUUAGCGUCAAAUACCAUCCAUAUAGGAUGUUCGGUAGUGUCAAAAACUUGACGUCCCAUACUUUGUAUAUGCUCGAACUCACGAUGGUGACUAAGUAUGGCGAGAGUCAGCCUAGUAAGUCCUUACAUCAAAUUACUUAUAAGGCGGGAUGCAGUAUGUCCUGGAAUGUUUAAUUAUAAGACUGUUGGAAAACAAUAUAAAUUUAGAGCCAUUAAUAUCGGUUUCAAUAAUAAGUAUUUAGCGGAUUUUUGAUCUGAAAAUGGAGAAGAUAAUUAUUAUAAUGGUU